AUGUCGAACAAGUCACCGGUUGUCAAGAAACGCAGGACCAGCGGCGCAGCCGCGUCGAGUGCAGCGGUAGCCACAGAAAUUGAGUCAGUGGCACAUCUUCACAGCCUGGAGCCGCGCGCCCUUGUGUCCGUGAAAGGGAUCUUAGUGCAAAUGCCGGAAGCGGUACGACAUGUGUCGGUGCGGAGCAAGGGGGAUUGUAUGGAACGCAAGGCGGUGCUGGACUUCGUGGUGGCGGACAAAUCAUCCGCAACCCAAGUAUCGUUUUGGGGUCCAUUGGUGGAUCGGUAUUACGGUGCUUUGCAAGACGCUUUUGAUGCCGGUGCAGAGGGGGCCCUACCACAGGUGCACCUGACCAAUGUGGAAAUUGUGUCCCCGAAAGACAAAGUCCUACGGCCGUACCGCAAACUGCAAAGCACAUCGCGUACAGAACUCACUAUCGAGAAGGCGCAAAUCUUGCACCACCAGCCGGCUGCGCACCAAACCAUCGCAAAUUUUCGGGACAUUUUGGUUACAACGGCGCCCUGGGUUGGAACUCUAGUGGGCACUAUUGUGGAAGUCGGCGAGUGUCGCGAAGCGGUGCGCAGCGGCGAGCCGAUUCAAGAGAUCAAGGUGGUGGACGCGCAUAACAACGGCCUCACUCUUAUUGCAUAUGCUGGAGCGACAUCCGACCCAAGCUUAGCUGUGCAGAAGCGAGUUGCUUUCUACUUUGUUCAGGCCAAGGCAGGCGAAGGAAGCAGAAGCGGAAGUGUAUGGAUUUUUGCCGAUGCAUGGUUGUGUGAACUCGAAGAAGUGGAAGAAGUCCCUAGCAUAAAGCAGAUGGUCGACCUGAAGUAA